AUGUCGGAGAUCGGACCACCCUUCCCGCCGCAACUUGUUUGCUCCAACUGCCGCUCCACUGCGACUCCUCUCUGGAGAAAAGAUGACGAGGACAACCUCCUGUGCAAUGCCUGUGGCCUGUACGCCAAGCUCCACGGCUGUCCCCGGCCGUUGACGUCGAAGAGAGGGAGCACCGCAUCAGCAGCCGACGCAGCAUCUGCCGAUGCCUCCAUCUUGCCGUCCGCCAGGAGAGAGGCAAGCCCGCAAAAGGCACCUUCUCAACCCCAAGCCAUCGCAGUCACCCCCGAAGCCCACCUCCUCGAUGGCCUAGAGUCUAUUGACUGGGCAUCGUUGCAGACCGCCUACGGUGCGGCAACUUCAGUGCCGACUUGGCUCCAGCAACUCCAGUAUUCAGGGCCCGCUGGGGGCAAACGUGCCGCCGACGCUCUGUUUCAACUCUCCGAACAUCUUGUCCACCAGGGAUCGCGCUGUCUUCUCGUCCGCCUCGCUGUUGGUGACCCGGAUGACUGGCAGCCCGAGAACAUCGACAUCAAGGCCUGGCGGAAAGCCUGUGGUGACGAGCCGGAUUUCGAAUUGCAAUCGUACGACGCCGUGCGAAGAGGCGUCCCAGUUCUAAAAGCCUUGACGCUGAACGACCCCGUCCCGACAGUGCAGGCGGUCUCCGCUCACGCCCUGGCGUGGUUCCCAGAAGUCGCCGACGAAGCGUCUGAAAACACCCUGACCCUGCUGUGGUCCAUUAUCGAUGGACGAGCCGGAUAUGCGUGGGUUCAAGCCUCCGCCGUGUUGGCUAUAGGUCUGCUCACGGCCGGCAUGACUGCACUCCACUCCUCCGAAGGGGAAGCAAGAAAACACGACGAGCAGACAAUCACCCGCUUGCGCAGCCUGUUUCGCAAACAGCCAGCUUCGCAGAUGGUGAAAUGGGCGGCCGCUAAAGUGAUGCUCAACCUCGGCGCGGAAGACCCCGAAGCCAUCCUGACUGUUGCCAGUGUGGCUACCAAUCAGCAGAUGCACGACGGUUGGCGCCUAAUCGUGCCCGUCGGUGAUGAUAUUGCAGGUGUCUCUGAAGAAGCGAUCUCGGACUUUAGGGUUCGCAAGACAACUGACCUUGCAUCCUCUACAGCCGUCAAUGCCCUGCUUGAUGCACUCGCCCAGACGUCGGGCGAUGUGGCAUCCUCUCUUUCUUAUGAGAUCAUAUGUAUGACAUUUCCUGCAAAGCUGGAGACGCGGCCGUGA